UUUUGACGUUUCUUUCGUUUUAAGGUUAUGUUUACAGUUUUUCUCAAUAAAAAAGACAAAUAUUAAGAAAAUAUAGAGUAUCGAACUGUUUAAGUAAUGUUGGAACAUAACAGCAUUAAAUAUGAGUCGAUUUUGAACGAAUGCAUUUGACAUAACUACUCUGAGGACUUAACAUGGAAAAUACAUUUGAGGAACUAGGAAUACCCAAAAAGUACCUGAAAAAAACCAUCAAAGAUGACAGAUACGUAGCUUUAGUGCACAAAUUGUGGAUCAAGUCUCUCAUAAAACACUCAAAAUUAACAGAAUUUAUAGAAAAGUCGCGUUUUGAAGCAUGGCCCUCAGCAGAAGACGAAAUAGGACUGUCGUGGGUGAAAAUAUAUGUUACAGUUUUCAAAAAAAGAGAUUCAAAAGUGAUACCUUUACCGAGAAUCAGACCGGUUACAAGUGAAGACCGUCCCUUGCUGUUACCGAAGUUGUUGCAGUACAUUUCACAGGCAAACCACAAAAAUUUGUGGAAAGAAGCCUAUAAAAAAUACUCGGUGAGCUCUGAUAGUUUGAUUAAGGAAACGCAGGUAACUCUGAUGAGUUAUAAUGAAGUUCUGAAAGAGAUUAUCAAUAGGGUUUACGGUUGUCAGAUUAUAAACGCGUGCGAUGCUGCGCAGAAGGUACAGGAGUGUCAUUUUGAUGCGCACUUGAAUGUGCUACCAUCUGUGUGCGCUGUGGAAACGUUAAACUCAAUUUUUCUGUUACAUGUACCGUUCAUAGAACACAAUUUGAGCGAUUGUGUGACGUUUAGCCCCGCGAUUUUGGAUAAAUGCUUUACUAAACCGUUAUUUAUUGUUUAUCAGUUAUUAAACUUGUUGAAAUCUUUGCAUGAUAGAAGUUUAACGUUAGGGGAAAUUAACUUAAGCGAUGUAUACUUGACGGAGGAUAUAUGGAUAUACGUUUUUCCCAAUGUACAGUCAAAUAUUUAUAUACAGGACGUGCAGAAAAACGAGAGCAAAAAGAGUGUCGUGCAGCUAGAAUGUCGCAAAUACGGCCACAAAUACGAAAACUUUAAAUGCGAAUCGUGCGGUGUUAAAACUUACGACAAAGUACAACCCACAAACGAGAAUUUGGAAAAGUUGUGUCAACUUUGGGUUGAAGGCAACAUCUCAAAUUUCACUUACAUUACGGCCCUAAACAAUCUGUCCGGUAGAAAAUUGGGCGACCCGAACUGUCACCACGUUUUUCCGUGGGUGACCGACUUUACCGCACGGUGCGGCAAAAACUGGCGCGACUUGAAAAAAUCGAAGUAUCGGUUAAACAAGGGUGACCGCCAACUUGAUCUUACUUAUGACAACGCGCAAUCUCAAGUUCCCCACCACGUCUCCGAUGUUCUAUCCUCAAUAACGUUCUACGUUUAUAUGGCGCGGCGUACACCGAAAUCGGUGUUGUGUAAAAACGUCAGAACGAUAUGGGUGCCGGCGGAAUACCCCAGUUCCAUACAGAGGAUGCAGGAUUGGACUCCGGACGAGUGUAUACCGGAGUUUUUUACCGAUCCCUCGGUGUUCAGGAGCAUUCACGACGAUCUAGAAGACUUGGAUGUGCCUGCGUGGUGCGCAAGCCCAGAGGAGUUCAUUGAGAAGCAUAGAGAGGCCUUGGAAAGUGCACAUGUGUCCGAGAGACUGCACCAUUGGAUCGAUCUCACUUUUGGAUACAAAUUGGCUGGUUCCCCAGCAAUAAAAGCAAAGAACGUCUGCUUACACUUGGCAGAUGAUCACAACUUCUUAACAAAAUCAGGAUUGGUACAAUUGUUUACUCACCCACACCCUCCCAGGGCCGUACCGUCCUUAUUUUGGUCCAAAUUACCGCCGAAAAUAUUCGUCAACAAACCCACCAAACAACGGAGAGAUCGAAGUAGCUCGAUCAAUAAAUCAGAUACCACCCAGGAAACAGCGAUAGAAGAAGAAGACUUCUUGGAUCCGUCCAUGGGUUCGGCCAUGUGGUCACCCCUGGGCAUUUCGAAAAUUUUAUCCCGCAGCCGGUCUUCGCUGCACGAAGAACCCACCGGCCAAAAACUGAGCAAAAGCCCCCAAAUCAACCAAAGAAGCGCCAGCGUAGGCCCGAAGAAUCCCAGUUUUACAUCCCAUGUAAACCCCAAAGUUAAACCCAACCAACUCAUGGUUCCUUCCACGUCACUUAGCACUGGCAUCAUAUACCUUCCGAAAGAGUACAAGCCUGAGCAAGCCUUGGAGUUGCUGGAGAAAAAACAUACGUUCGUGUCAAAAACAUUCCACAUUGAAACUGCCAAAAAGCUAUCGGAACUCUCCGACGACACCUUGGAGGUCAAAAUUCCAGAAGAUGCCACAAUACAAAACGCCUUCACCAAUUUUAUAUUCACCGACAAUUUCGAGGAACGUUUCACCAACAAAAAAGCCACCAAAUCACACACGUUCCCACUUGACAAUCAAAAUGUUUACCUGUAUAACAAUAGAGGGCGCCAGAGUAAUCAAACUCAAAGAAGCGAAAAUCAAAUAACCUGCAACUAUGCCGACAUCAUUUCUUCGCGUAGAAUAAGAGAAUUCCAAAUACUAGGAUGCCUAAUAGUCGAAAUCUUUAUGUCGAAACAGCUAAGAUCCCUGGGCGCGAAUAAAGCCAACGUUAAGUUUACUCAGAGGCUCAAAUCUUGCGUUACGGUGCUACGAAGUUGCAAGUCUGAAGUUCCCUCAUGCAUAAGUUACAUAGCUUACUUACUGUUACAACCCGAACAGAGCGAUCUCGUUAACUGGAGUUACCCUUCUGUCACGAACCUUGGUUUACCUCCACCGAACGCUCAUCUACUGUUGGAGCCUUUAUUAAACUGCGUGGUACCAUUCCCGAAGUUGUUCCCGGAAGUGUACAGAAUUAUAUCUACGCUGAAAGAGUUUAAGAAUGUCGCGUUGGAGCUCAACAUUCUCUACCACUUCGAUUGCAACGGGGAAAUGUGCGCCGAGUAUGAAAGCUUAGAACGUACCAAGAUACUAUUUGCUCAAAAUAUCGGCGAAUGUAAGGUUAAUACUUGUGCAAGACAGUUGGAAAAUCUACUGGAAGAGUUAAAUACAAACACCGACAUAGAAAUAGUUAACAUAUUGAUGCCGCAUGUGAUGGAAUUAAUAGAAGAUCCACCAACGUCUGUGCUAGCAGCGUGGUUUUUGUUCGACCCCAUAUCUAAAGUGCUCGGGCCGCAGAAAACUAGGGAGGCCUUGCUGGAGUGUAUAUUGAAGUUGUACGAAUGCGAGCCGAUUGAAAGUCACUUACCCUACAACAGAAAAAUCGCCAAACUAUACCACCACAGUUUUCUACUCAGGCUUAUGGUGAGGCUAGGUUUAAAAUGCUUUCUGGAUAACUUUGUGACUCCUCUUGUGGAGGCAGUGGGCGGUUAUAAGGAUUACGAGAAGGUCGAUUUUAUCCUGCACACUCACUCGGAAAAGGUUAUGAAAAAAAUGUCCCAUCUCAAGACCAUGGACCACGAGCACGUGGAAAUGUCCGCGAGCGACGACUCGAGCGUGUCGUCGGAAAAACAGAGUGUAACACCCAAAAAGGAAGCUGUGGCGCAGCCGGAUCAAGAAGUCUUCGAGUUCGACGAAGAAAAAGCGCCCGAAGACCAAAUGAAGUCGCUCAUAGAACAUUUAGAGUUGAACGUGGCAUCGGACUUGCCCUUCAACCACUCGACUGCAGAGGAAGCUUUAGAUGCGACUCUAACGGAAAACAUCGACCAACUCCGUAAUUUAGAGGAGUUAAACAUAACUUUCUCGGAAGAAUUGCCGGAAAGAAGUGGAGUAGUAUCACCAACAAUCCCCAUACCGUCCUCGUACCGUAACACGGAUUUAAUGAACAUAAGCUGCGAAGUGGGCAGCAAAAAAAGCGAGACCGAUUCCCUCUUCGAUAAAAAAUCUCAAGAAGCCGACUCGCCCAGCGAUCAAAACAAGUUUUAUUCGACGUCGAGUAGCUCGAACACGAUCCAAAAGCCGAAAAAGCAACGACAAGAAGCCAAAAUAUCCGACAUGUCUUCAGAUAGUUUGACUUGGCUUUCGCACCGACUGGGUCCUGUUUUAACAGCUCGAUAUCUGUCCAGGAAUUUAUUGAAAAUGUUGACGUUGUGUUACGUGGGCAAAGAAAAUCUUGCGUUUGUUCAACAUGAGACUAAUGGCGAUAUUUCAAUAGCGGCGAGCAAAGUUAUUGGAGAUCUUAGCGCCAAUAAGGUUUUGGAGUGUCUAACAAGCAUUGCAUGUUUAUAUGGUGAACAGCUGAUUUUAUUCCAAUACAUUCCUCAUAUGAGCGAAUUAAUAGCUCUAUGCAAAAGAAAAUUGACUCCAAACUUAGAGGGAGGUUUAAUAUCUUGCUUGGCUUUAUUAAAACACAUAAUCCCAUAUUUAUCGGACUCUACCCUAAUGGAUCAACUACAGGAUGUUAUCUUAAAGAAUAUUGUACACCCUACAGUAAGGCUGUUGGGUUCAACAAAAUACACAUUCCCUAGCGGAUCUUUGGCGAGAAAUAUUUUAACUCGAAAGUAUUUGGACGCUUUGUAUGUACUUUCUAUCAGAAUGGGAUCUGACAUGACAAAAACAUUACUAGCAGUACCAGCGUUGCAGAGGUUCUUUAUGAUAUUUGACAAAGUACAUUUUAGUGACCAGUACAAACAAAAUGAAGAAAAAACUGAAAAAGAUCCCCUCCUAAAGUCGAUGGAAGAAUUGCAUUUCGUCGAACUCAAAAGUGACGGCAGCACCACUGAGUGGGUUGUGGGUGGUACGCCGGUCCAAAUUUCGCACGCUCGAGUUAAGGAUGCGGACACCGACAGUUUAUCGCCCCCUGUAUCUUUCCAGACAUGCGAAGACAAUACGAAUUUGGCACUCGACGAGUUGAAAGCUGUGUUCACUCCCGAGUUAGCGUUCACAUGUUACAUGCCGUUUUUGAAGCACGUAGGUGCUGCCUCGUUGGAAAUUUCAUUGAAAAACCACGAGAACAUUAAGAGCUUGUGCCAGGAUUAUGAACAAAAAGGGGUUAAUAUAGUCAAUAGAGUCUUCGAAAGUUAUAAAUCCAGCAAUAUUCCGCAAUCCAGCAGUAUUGGCAGCAAUAUAUCACUCGUGGGUAACAGAAUUGACAUACAGACCGAAAAUUUCGACAGUUUGAAUACUGAGCUAUUAAACCUCGUAAGUAACAGAAUGGAGAAUAAUUCUAGACACUUGCGGGGUAACUGGUUAGCCUACUGGGAGCACGAGAUAGGUAGAGCGGAAAAAGACACGAUGUUCAACUUUAAGCAAAUUAAGCUGCAAACUUUCGCCGGUCACACGAACAGCGUUAAAUCCCUGUACGUCUUGGACAACGAGAACAGUUUCAUGUCCGGAUCGAGGGACAAAACGGUCAAGCUGUGGUCGCUGAGGAGCCAGGGCGACGGCACGGCCGUAUCGUCCUGCCAGUGGACGUACACCGCUCACAAAAAGUCAAUUUUGGCGAUUACUUUUUGCGAGAGCAUGCGCCUGGCCGCGUCUUGCGACAGCGUGGUUCACAUAUGGGACCCUUUCAUGGGUGCCAACGUCGGAAACCUCGAAAGUCAAAAAUAUUCGCCCGUCAACGUGCUGAAAAGCAUGCCAGCGCCAUCUAGUCUGGUUUAUGCGGCAACCACGGACGGCACUGUCAAGGUUAUCGAUAUGCGGCUGUGCAGUUAUAUACAAGAAUUAAAAAUAAGUGCAAAUCCUUCAGGCCUAAUUAGAUGCAUAGCAAUUGGUCCGAACGGCCUCUGGUUCGCUGCUGGCCAGUCUUCUGGAAACAUCACCGUUCUGGAUACCAGAACUGGAUUGGUGAUCUCCAACUGGCGCGCGCACGAGAGCGAGGUGCUGCAGUUGGUCGCGGUGGACAACACCACUCUAGUCUCGAGCAGUCUCGAUCAGACCAUAAGCGUGUGGAAUGUCAACGAUGGAAAGUUCCGCUUUCAGUUGAGCGUUUGCCUUCCUAGGGGAGCCACCGAGCCGGUGCACUGUCUCAACACUUACCACAACGAACUGAUCUCGGGCACGACGGGCAACCGCAUCGGCGUGCACACGUCGACCGACGCCGAGGCGUCCUUUUCCAGCACCAGACUGCGCGCCGACGCCUUCAAAGGCCUACUCACGUCCAUGGCGCUCUUGCCGCUCAACAGGCUUCUGCUAUUGGGCGCCGAUAACGGCAACAUAAGCCUACUGUGUUGAGUUGUUUGUAGAGUCAAGUCGCCUGGGUUCAAAGGGCCACAAAUUCAUUAUUUACGUGCGUCAAAAUCUGACAAAAUGUGGUUUAAGAGGUACCACCACUGUAUACUUAAAAAAAACCGACUUUUUAUCAAUUAUACCGGCGUCAAGAAAACCUGUUUUAUCAUUUCUUAACCCAACAGAUGUUGUUGAAAAUGUCUAGGUUUUAGUUAGCAAACAAAACUAUGUUAGUGUAGCGUCAAUUAGGGUGACCAGAAUUUAAUAGCGCCAAAGAAAAACAUUUAUAUAAUAAAAUUAUAGUAGUUUUAAAAACAUAUAAAUUUAUUAAAAAACAUAAACAUAAAAACUUUUUUUUAUUUUUUUAAAACAUGCAUUUACUUAGUUUUUUAGGUAUACUUUCGACUAGAAGUUAUUUUUUUCGCAAAGAUUGCAAUUCAUUGCAAUGCAUAUAUUUAGCUUUACUAUACCUAAUAGAAUAAUUAUUGUCAUUGUAGCAUUUGUCCCCUUUUUUAUAAAUUUUCACAUGGUUGGUAUAUGAUUUUUAUCAAAAUAAUUAAAAAAUGCAAGAAAUUUAUGUUCGACGUUUUUAUUGUUUCUAGCCCAGUUUAAAAAAAAUCAUCUGUUGUCUACCCACUAAGAGCAAUAGGUACCACAAAAAUAUGUUUAAAAUACAUGUAAAAAUGUUAUUUAAAAGUGGGUGUUUUUAUAAUUCAAAAGGAGGACACUAUCAUUGAGGAGGACGUCUGGUCACCCUACGUCAAUACAUCUACUAUGCUCCCACCUUGACAUUUGAAUACAAAUAUUUGAGGUUAUCUAUCUGUCGGUUUCGUCUGAUUUUCUGAAAAUAAUGCAAUAUAUGUAUUUUUGUGUAUAACGGUAUUAAUUUAGAACACAAAAAAUACAUAUUAAGAACUUUAUAGACAAAAAUACACGUAUUGUAUUAUUUUCAGAAAAUAGGAUGAAACUGACAGAUAGAUAACCUCAGUUAGUUGUAUUCAAAUGUCAAGGUGCGACUUUUGAAUUUAACGCCAAUUUUGUUUUAAUUUUGAAUGAAUAUAUUUUUUUUGUUAUAAAUUCUUCUUUCCUAAGAAUGGCUCCAGUCAUUUUUUGAUAUUUCUUGACAAUAAUGUUUUGUAUAAUACUAAAAUAUACACUUAGCUAAUAACUUCUUAAAGUAUUAUUAUCUUUUCUUCCAACAAAAGAAAAAUUGUCAAAAAAGCGCUUUUUAGGUUGUUACUAGGGUUUUAAAAUUUCCGGAAAAAUUGAGCCGCCAAAAAAAACUAUUCAAAAUUUUAAUAAAAAUUAACUUUUGCAUUUUUUUUUUCGGGGUAAAAAAAAUAAACCCCGAAAUAAAUUCAAGAAAUUCUGAAAAUUUCCAAUUUUUUUACGUACAAUUAUAUCGAGAAAAAGGUAAAUUUCCGACCCUAAUAAUCAUAUAAUAUUAUGAUUAUAAUAAUUAUUCCUUUUUUACCGGGCCGCAAAAAACAUAUCAGAGCUCGUUUUAUUUGACACAUCGAUUUAUAAAAUUAUAAUUUUGUAAUUUAACUUUAUAAAUCAUUUAUUAUUAUGCAAAUGAAUAGUUUCAAUGGACUUCCUUUUGCAAAAAGGCUGUUGAUAUUUAAAGAUUAGUUUUAUUUGUGUUUUUCUGUAAUAAAGAAAAUAUUUUUUAAAAUUUGUUUAAAUGUGUAUAUUUUCCCAGAAAAUUGAACUUUAACACCCUGGUUGUUUCAGUGGUGUUACCCCUUUAAUAUUUAGUGAAUACCGUUUUACGUUUUUUUGGGUUUUGAAACCAAGCGACUUAAAUGUUGUAGCAAUAUUACUUUGCAAAAAUAAGUCUAAUGUUUUAGGGAAUUAGUUAUAGUACUAUGUAAGCUCAAAACUGUUAUUUAUCAGUUAUUUUAUUCAGUUAUGAUACUUAGGUUGAAUAAGUAAGUAUUUUGACAACACUGCAGUGUUUAAACGAUUAGUUUAUUAACCUUUUACUUUAAACUUUUAAAAGAUUUUUUAUUUAAUUAAAAUAGUGUUAAUUUAACUGUAUAAAUAAACAACUAAACAAAUUGUAAAGGUUUUAAAAUUAAACACUGCCUUGUUUCUUUUUUAUCUCAGCAAUUUAGCCUAAAAUAAUCAAUAGUACUUUAUUUAGUACCAAAGUACCUAAAUAUAUUUUAUCAGGUGAUUUAUUGCAUUCCAAACCGUAUCGAAUUUAUAUGCUUUUUAUUAUAUUUUUAUAGUGCAAAUAAAAGCAGUACCUCAAAAAUUUCUUAAAUUACAGAACUGUUAUGCAAUCAGAGGAUGUUUAUAUGAAUUUUAAUACAGUAACUAGUCAGUACAUAACCAAAUCGUGUUAAAUUGUGAUUGAUUAAAAUUUUAUUAUGUACUAAAUAAAUUUCUUAUAUACCUUUUUUCUUGUUAG